GAGGGGUGUGCAGGGGGCUGUCACUCCUACAUGGUGCUGAUUUGUUAGGAGCUUUGACCUACACCUGCAGCAGCUAAAAACGCUCUGCCCCCACCCUGCUAAAGCUAAAUGAAUAAACAAUGCUGAUAUCUUGGGAAUUGAAGAAGGAAUCACGCAGGUUGAUGGCUGAAGAGGGAGCUUCUGUAUGAAGAGAGGGAGUGGACAAAAUUGUGCAAGCUAUGCUCUGGCCUUGGACUGGAUAUUUCUGCUCUCUGGCUCUAUAUCAUUCUCUAAUCUGUUUUACUCCUAUGAUCCUCUUCUUUCAUAUGGUUUCCAGGGCACAAUAAUCUUAAAAUGCUGGUUAGAAUAUCCAUAAACUAGUAUUAGCAUAUACUAAUAUUUUGCCUGCAGUGUUUGGUUCAUUGUGGUCAAUAUGAUCUACCCAUUUCCAGCUCACCAUAACCCCGUAUGGGGAGUUAGGCCUUUGAUCUCAUGCCUCAGUCUAUUCACCCUGCUGCUGUGCUGUACUAUGGGGAGUUGCAGGAGGGUCUCGGUUGGUUCCCCAGCCCCUCAGCUGACAGAUUUAAGGUCACAAAUAUCUGGGGUGGAGGAGCUGCUGGAGGAGUUCCGCAAACAGCUGCAACAGCAAAGGCAUCAACAGGACAUAGAGGAGAAAGAGGAGCAAGCCCCGCAUCAGCACCCCGAGCAAGCGACAGCUGAGCAGGAGUGGGCGAACAAGCAGGGUAGUGCGGAGCAAAGGGAUGCUGUGCAGAAUAGGCCACAAGUUGCUACAGUAAAAGAAGAUACAAUACAAGAGCAACUCCAAGGAGUAGGGGUGAAGCCUGCAGGGGAUGUUGGAGAGGAUGAGUGCGACUUUAACUUAAUGGAGGACUACAUCAUUCGCACGAAAGACUCUCUGGAGGCUGGUGCCGUCUUCCUCAAGGCCCCGCCGGAGGUAUACAGCAGGAAGCAGUGCCUGGAGAUGUGCUGCUCUGAGCCCGACUGCUCCGCAGCAGUGGCGGAGAGAUCUGGGAGAGGGAUGAGCUGUUAUCUGUUUGACUGCACUUACCGGGGCAGUAGCGUGUGUCAGUUCUCCGUUCACAGGGGCUAUAGCAGCUACACCUUGUCCAAGUACAAUUCAUCCAUCGCUAGGACUGGGGGAAGCAACCUGCUGGUAGGGGAUGUUGAAAAUGACAAGCCACCUCAUAGCAAUGCAGGGCAAGACGUUGUGCUUCAGCUACCUAUUGACUGGGUGAUACUUGAUGGACGAGAAAGUACAGAUGAUUACGGUAUCACACAAUACAAGUGGACGUUACUCCGGGGGGAUCCAUUAGUUGAUAUGGAGAAUCCUCAACCAGGUACACUGAAAUUAUCUCACUUGCAAGAAGGAGUCUACACUCUUCAGUUAACGGUGACUGAUAUCUCUGGCCAGAAAAGCUCAGACAAUGUGACAGUCAGUGUCCUCCCUGCCGAACAUCAUGGGACAGCAUGCACUGGGGUCUGCUCUCGCUACCAGUUCAUAUGUGAUGAUGGCUGCUGUAUCGAUAUCACUUUAGCCUGUGACAGAGUUGUGCAGUGUCCUGAUGGUUCUGAUGAAGCUUUCUGCCAGAACUUUAGCUCAGGUCGGAAGACAGUGAUUCACAUUUCUGAGAAGUCAGAGGAUAACAGAGAUAAGGGAAUCCUACAGAACUCGGAAAAGAAUGCACCAGUGCAAAAUUCCAGAAAAAGACCUCUGUUGGAUGCAGACAAGAAUCGGUCAUUCACUAAUGAUUUGAGUGACAAUAACAGAAUAAUGCCAGGAACGGUCAUACAUCACACAACACCAGAGUCCAAUCGAAAAUUAAAGGCAGUUACAGGCACUGCUGCUACGAGUGACAAAGACUUGGAUAACUUUUCCUUCCUCUCCAAAGACACACAGCAUGGAAGUGGGCACCCAAUCCCAGAAGCGGGAGCAGUCUUACCUCUUGCCCUUGGAUUAGCAAUUACCGCUGUGUUGCUAUUGAUGGUGGCGUGUCGUCUUCAUCUGGUGAGACAAAAGCUGAAGAGAGCUCGACCUCUGAAAUCUGAGGAGUCAGACUAUCUGAUUAAUGGCAUGUACUUGUAGGAGUGUGCUUCUUUUUGCUCCAUUUAUAUUAAAUUAUUAUUCAUAUAAUUCACCAAAGAUAA